UGGUUUCUUGUGAUCCCAAAACCCUAAGUUCUUCACAGCAGGCCGUCGGCGUUCUAGCAAGCGAGAGGUACAGGAUGAAGACGAUCUUAUCAUCAGAGACGAUGGACAUCCCUGACGGCAUCGAGAUCAAAAUAAAGGCCAAGAUCAUUGAAGUGAAAGGACCACGAGGAACCCUAACUCGCAAUUUCAAGCAUCUCAAUCUCGAUUUCAUGCUCAUUACUGAUGAGGAGACCGGGAAAAAGAAGCUGAAGGUUGAUGCGUGGUUCGGAUCUCGCAAGACCACCGCCGCCAUCCGUACUGCACUUAGUCACGUCGGCAACCUAAUCACCGGUGUUACUCAGGGGUUCCGUUACAAGAUGAGAUUUGUGUACGCUCACUUUCCAAUCAACGCUAGCAUUAGCAACACCAACUCUGCGAUUGAAAUCCGUAACUUUCUUGGUGAAAAGAAGGUGAGGAAGGUGGAUAUGCUUGAUGGAGUGACUGUGGUCAGAUCCGAGAAGGUCAAGGAUGAAUUGAUACUUGAUGGAAAUGACAUUGAACUUGUUUCUCGAUCAUGUGCCCUAAUUAACCAGAAAUGUCAUGUGAAGAACAAGGAUAUCCGAAAGUUUCUUGAUGGUAUUUAUGUUAGUGACAAGGGAAAGAUAGAGGAGGGUGACAAUUGAGUUUGUUUUGUUAUCUGCACCAUUUUCAGUCAGAGUGUUAUCUUUUUUCUUUAGCCAUAUUUUGAACAUUUUUGUCAGACUCUUGUUACCAUUGAGUUCUGAAGUUUUCUUGAACCUUAAUUACUAUUGUACUGUGCUUUUGGUCUUGUUUAUGCAUCAAUUAUAUCAAAACCCGACCGUUUUUGUC